CUUCGCAUCCAGUCUCCAAAGCAUCUUAUUGAGGAACUGAAGGGUGCAGGCGCCUUCGAGGAACAAGCAGGAGAGACGAUAAUCGGCUCUACAGCGUCCUUCGGGACUCCUGCGUACGGAACUGUCCUCCGAGGAAAGGCCUUCUACGUGCCCGACCCCGCAACCGAGCGUGUGGAUAGCGGCAGCCACUGUACACCCGCGUACUGCGAGAAAAUAAAGAAUGACGUUGACCAGUGGAAGAAGUCCGAGGCGACAGGAGGACCGAGCAAGGUGAUCUUCUUCCUUGACCGCGGCAUCUGCACCUUUGCGGCGAAGGUCCGCAUCGCCCAGAGCUGCGGGGCGGACGCCGCGGUAGUGGUGGACCGAGGCGUGUCGGGCUGGAGCCGGUCUUAUAUUCGGUUCAACGUGAUCAUGAGCGACGACGGCACUGGGCAGGACAUCACCAUUCCAAGCGUCCUCAUCUCCCGCACGGAUGGUCAGCUGAUUCUGGACGCCGUCUUGGGCGGCGGCGCGGUCGAGCCUGUUCUCGUCGAAAUGGAAUGGAACAUCCCCAACCGAUGGCCAGUCGCCGUAGACUUCUGGACAGAUCCAGGCGAACGACAAAGCAGCGCCUUUUUGCAGCAGAUCGCGCCGCAUAUGUUGGACCUCGGCCCCCACGUUCGGUUCAAGACGCUCUACUCGAUUUUUGAAGUCGAAGGCGGCAGUGGAGAGAUGUGCCUCACGAAGGGGAUCUACAAGCAGUUUCCGCAAGCGUACUGCGCAUUCGAUCCUGCGGCCCAGUCAUUGGCGCACACAGGCAGCGAGGUCGUGGAAGAAGCGCUGAGGGAGGCGUGCCUGUACCAAACGACAGCCACGUCGUCCAAAGAUUUGCCCGACUCGGAGUUUUCCAAGGAAUUCUGGCAGUACCACAAGCUGAUGGCGGAUCCUCAGAAAGGCUGCUUUUUCAACGCAGAAGGGCGAAACGAAUGGAGCGAGACGUGCUCGAUGCGCCUGAUGAGCGAGAUUCUGUCCUCGGGCCAAAUGAAAAUUCUGAAAGAGUGCAUCGAGGGCCCUCAAGGCCGCCAGCUGCUCGAUGUCUCAAAAUCCAAUCGGACGUGGGGCCCUAUCGCGCUUCGCAUCAACGGCGCAAGGUUCAGCGGCAACCUGGACGUCGAAACAGCGAUGCGCGUGAUUUGCGCCUCAACGAAGGAUCCCUCCACUGACCGCUACCGAGCGCCAGAGUGCGACAGACUGAUGAUAGAAGUGCACAAAGAGGAGGCGCCUUGGCUCCGAGACGCGCCUGACUGGCAGAAUUUUUUCUUAGUUCUGCUCUUUCUGGGAAUCAUCGCUGCAUGCGCGGUCGCGCUUUACUACCGGAUUGCAAAGCAGCGGCUGCUGCAAGAAGUCCGGCAGGAAGUCAGUGCGGAGAUUCAGCAACAGAUCCAGCAAUAUUACGAAAUGAACGAGGAGCGGGCGCCGCCGGCCAGAUCCGGCCUCGAGAGACAGCCGCUCGUCCCCUAG